AAAAGGUCACCUCGAAUACAGCGAAGCUUCAAAGUGAGCUUAUAAUCAGCUACUUGAAGUGAAAUUAGGUUUACAUAAUCAAUUAUUAUUAUUACUCUAGGAUUAUUUUGAUCACUGGAGACAGUGCCUUUUUAGAUGAAGAAUCUGAACGACGAAUCUGAAAAUAUGGAGAAUCAAAACGACGCUCUUGCUGCGGUGCUCGCCGUGGAUCCGUGGUCGCUGCAGGCGACUGGCGUUACCAGCCUGGCAGACGACACGUCGCGCCUCUGCCUCGUCACUGAGCCCGACGCCGAGGGAGAAAGAGACGUGCUGGGACUCAGACCCAUAGAUUCACGUGUGGUUGUGUCGGGCCAUCUUUAUUUCAACUACAAACGUGUCAAAAAUAUCGGACGCUGCCUACAUCUGGACGACGCAUUAAUAAGCUGGCAAUUAAAAUGUCUCGUCCCGCACCACCUCUUCAACCAUAGGAGCGAUGAACUGUUGAACACAACCGUUCUGUGGAGUGAACCAGUCAGAGACGCUUGUUUCCACAACAAAUUCGGCAACGUCACCUUCACCGUGGCCUGGUCCGACAUGUACAGGCUGUUUGGCCCUAAUAUGUACUACCUCCACCAACGCAUUGCAAGGAAUUUUUUGACCACCGAAAUAUUGGUCACUAAAAAACACUUCUCUUCUUUGAGACCUGUCGAUUUUGAAGCAAGAAAUGCUCCGGUGCGAAUCGGGCCUGAUAAGUCCCUCGAAUACGCAACUGUAGCGCAGGGAGCCAAAUCAAGUCUCAAACAUCGGAUAUACAUCGCAUUUGAUGCUACAUUUUGGGAAGGUUUUUGGGUUUAUAAAGUAAGCACAAAAAUUUCCAACGAACACCAAUUUGAUAAAUUUUGCUUUAGGGAAAGGUGUAUAACGCACAGGUUUUGUCAAUAUUAUUUAAACGUCACCCAAGUUGAUGAGAUUUUCUGUAGUAUGUUAAAUUACCAAAAUCGACCCAGGUGAUGAUGGUCAAAGUUUCAAUAUUUCACAGCCGUGAUUUCGGACUUUUGCAUUGUUGCUUUGGCUGGUCUCCGAAACUUUUGAAUUAAAAUAUGAAAUUUCUAGACAUUUUCUUCGCAAUCAAAUUUGAUAUUUGAUAGAGUCAGAUGAAAAAAAUACUGACUUUACAAACAGAUAUAUCAGGGUAAGCUCAUAUCACGAAAUUUACAGUAUAGGCAAGACAUCGCUACCGAACACUAGUGUGUCUUUAAAAGACAAGUAUUCCGUUGACCAGAUCGCAAAUUUUACGAUUAUUCUAUCAUAUGAACACUAUCGUGGCCUCGAUCAUGGCUUAACUGACUUGGAAAAGAAAGACUGCUUAUAUAUUCGGACUUCGACUUAGUAUUAUUAAUAUUAAUUAAUA